AAAGGCCCCACGUGUUCCGACCCGCCAGGCCCCGCGCGGCUCGGAUCCGGCGGUGCUGCUUCGGCCCGGAGUGGGUGGGGGAGAAGCCGGGGCAGGGGAGGAGCCGCCGGAGCAGUCGGAGCCGUCCCUUGGGAGAAACUCCUCGAGGUGCCCAGGCCGAGACAGAAGGAAUGACAGUGUGAGCUCUCGAUGGUGUGAGACCACCCCAGAGCCAGACAAUGGCUGCAGCCUUGGAACCGGAGGACCAGGAUCUUUGGGAAGAAGAGGGAAUUCUCAUGGUGAAAUUGGAAGAUGAUUUCACCUGUAGGCCAGAGUCUGUCUUACAGAGCGAUGAUCCUGUGCUUGAGACGUCGCACCAGAACUUCCGGCGCUUUCGCUACCAGGAAGCAGCAAGCCCUCGGGAAGCUCUCAUCCGACUCCGAGAACUGUGUCAUCAGUGGCUGAGGCCAGAGAGGAGGACAAAGGAGCAGAUCCUAGAGCUGCUCGUACUGGAACAAUUCCUUACUGUCCUACCCGGAGAACUACAGAGCUGGGUGCGGGGCCAGCGGCCAGAGAGUGGCGAGGAGGCUGUGACGCUGGUGGAGGGUUUGCAGAAACAACCCAGGAGACCAAGGCGGUGGGUGACUGUCCAUGUUCACGGCCAGGAAGUCCUGUCCGAGGAGACAGUGCAUCCAGGAGCAGAGCCCGGGUCACCUAGUGAGCUUCAGGAUCCUGCACAGACCCUGACCCCCGAGGAGUCCCGUGAGGAGACCACACAGAGCCCAGAUCUGGGGGCACCAGAAGAGCAGAGCCUGUGCCGGGAGUUGGAGUUGCAGCCCCUGCAGGAGAGCGAGGUUCCAGUGCGCCAGGACCCAGCCCUUCCUGAAGAGAGGAAUCCUGGGAACCCAGAGAUGGUUGCCCUUCUUACUGCUCUGUCACAGGGGUUGGUAACUUUCAAGGAUGUGGCUGUAUGCUUCUCCCAGGACCAGUGGAGUGAUCUGGAUCCAACACAGAAAGAGUUCUAUGGGGAAUAUGUCUUGGAAGAAGACUGUGGAAUUGUGGUCUCCUUGUCAUUUCCAAUCCCCAGACUAGACGAGAUUUCCCACAUUGGAGAAGAAGAGCCUUUGAUCCCAGAGAUCCCAGAGCCUCGGGAACCUCAAGAGCCAGAAAUCCUGAGUUUCACGUACACAGGAGAUGGAAGUGGAGAGGAAGAGGAGUGUCCUGAGCAGGAGGACCUGAGUUUGGAGGAGCUCCACAGGUCUGUCUUGGGAGAUGCGGAAAUUCACCAGACUCCAGACUGGGAAAUAGUCUUUGAGGAUGAUCCCGGUAGACUUAACGAAAGAAGAUUUGGCACAAAUAUUUCUCAAGUUAAUAGUGUAACGAAUCUUCGGGAAGCCAUGCCUGUCCACCCUCUGUUAGGGAGACAUCAUGACUGUCCUGUAUGUGGGAAAAGUUUCACUUGUAACUCCCACCUAGUUAGACACCUGAGAACUCACACAGGAGAGAAACCCUAUAAAUGUAUGGAGUGUGGGAAAAGUUACACACGGAGUUCACAUCUUGCCAGGCACCAAAAGGUCCACAAAAUGAGUACUCCUUAUAAAUAUCCCCUAAACCGGAAGAAUCUGGAUGAGACCUCCCCUCUGAUCCAGGUUGAGAAACCCUAUAGGUGUGACGAUUGUGGAAAACACUUCCGCUGGACUUCAGACCUUGUCAGGCACCAGAGGACACACACGGGAGAAAAACCCUUCUUCUGUACUAUUUGUGGCAAAAGCUUCAGCCAGAAAUCCGUGCUCACAACACACCAAAGAAUCCACCUGGGAGGCAAACCCUACUUGUGCGGAGAAUGUGGGGAGGACUUCAGUGACCACAGGCGGUACCUGGCCCACCGGAAGACGCACGCGGCUGAGGAGCUCUACCUGUGCAGUGAGUGUGGGCGCUGCUUCAACCACAGCGCCGCCUUUGCCAAGCACCUGAGGGGACAUGCCUCAGUGAGGCCCUGCCGCUGCAACGAGUGUGGGAAAAGCUUCAGUCGGAGGGACCACCUCGUCAGGCAUCAGAGAACACACACGGGUGAGAAACCAUUCACGUGCCCUACCUGCGGAAAGAGCUUCAGCAGAGGCUACCACUUAAUCAGGCACCAGAGGACCCAUUCAGAAAAGACCUCCUAGCCAGGUCCGCACGGGCGGACACCUGCCUUCGGCCCUUUCCCAGGGAUGGGCUGGGAGAAGCCGCCUUGUUGGCCUGGGAAGACCUUUACUAGGGAGUCUCCCUGACCUGCCCAGAUCUGCGUAACCUCUUCCCACACUAAAUAACCCCCCGGGCAGAACCUCUCAACCUUCUUCUACACCUUGAGGAGAUAUUCUUCCCAGAGUUUGCCUGAAUUGAGGCCUCUCCUUGACUGGGGUGCUCCUGCCUCGACCUCAUGGGUGUGAAGUAGAAUUAGAAGACUUAAGAGGUUGUGCUUAUUACAUUUGCCCCAAGAUAGGCUGUUAAAUAUCCUAAAGACAACUAACAGCCUCAAGUUUAAAGUGGCCCAGAACAAGUCCUUAGGUUUGGUAAGGGACCAGCCUUUAGGAUUCUGUCCUUCCUGGGCUCAGAUUGUAAAGCACACAGCCCUGGACUCAAGGCAGGAGACCUGCAUCCUGAUGACUCUGCCAUGCUUUGGCAGGUUAACUGUACACAUCUCACUGAUUCACUUCCUCACCAUGCACUUGCCUUUGAUCGUGGGGAGAGAUGCGAGUAGUGUGUGAUGGGCAGAAACAUCGAGGCGGCUUCACGUGGACCUUCCUUGUCAGGCUGCUCCCUUCCCCAUUGUCAGAAUGACACCCCGUGCCAGACACUGCUUGAAAGGGAGGCCUAGUCAUAAACCUCUUUCCUUGUGGGUUUUUUCCCCGUUAGAAUGCUCGUUUCCUCCUGAUGUUCUGUGUUCUACUGGUCUCUUGGUUUUGUCCCUAGCAUCUGUUCUGCCACAGGUGAAAUGUAGCAUUUGGGUGCUGAGGGAUUCAGUAAAGCCUAAUUGACAUCGUGUUGAAAUCAUUUACAUUUCUGCACGUUCACAAGCCCACCCACACCAUCCUCUUCACAUGGGUCUGUGAGGGGAUUUUGAAGUGGUGUCAGCUUACAAGGGCACUGUAACCAUUGUAGAAUCAUGAUUGACAGGGUUCAUUUACAUGAAGAAAACUGGAGAAGAUCUGAGCUCAAAUUAUGGGAAAAUUAAGAAAAAGCUGUUGCUGCUGGCCGAGGCCAUCCAGACUCUUGUGACGCCCCACCCCCAUCCUCCCUGCCUCAGUCUCUGACAUCAGGGAAACCUGGGACCCUGAAGAAUUUACCAGGAGUAAAUGGCUUUCAUUUAUUUGCGUUGUUUGCUUUUUCUUACAUGAUUUCUUUUUCAUGUACUUAAGAACUAAGGAGUAGUAUCUCAUGGCCCAAGGAUCUCUGUUGCCUGGUAAAGGUUCCCUGGAGAUGAGGCUGAAUAAUUAUGAACCUCACCUGCUCUGAUUAUGGGCUUGGCAAGGACUGGGGAGACUGUCCGCCAUAAGUGUAGCACAGGGUAUGGGAUUAAAGCAUGA